AUGAAGAUAAGAUUAAAACUAAGGAUUUUUAUUGUCGGAGUACUGUUUCUUCUCACGGUAGAAUCGAACAAACCUGACCUGUAUAAAGUACUUGGGGUGGAUCGAAACGCGAGUCAACGUGAAAUUCAGAAAGCUUUCCACAAGCUCUCACUCAAAUAUCAUCCGGAUAAGAAUAAGAACAAGGGUGCCAAUGAGAAGUUCGCAGAGAUUAAUAAUGCAUAUGACAUUCUAUCUGAUGAGCAGAAGAGGAAAAAUUAUGAUCUUUAUGGGGAUGAAAAGGGCAGACCUGGAUUUGAUGGGGGAAACCCUGGGGAUCACGGUGGACACAGCUAUUUCACAAGUGGUGGACCAGGGCAGAGUGGUUUUAAUUUCAAGCCAGGUGGAUGGCAAAAUAUGGGUGGGAAAGAAGGUUCAGAAUCAUUCUCGUUUUCUUUUAGUGGUCCUGGCUCUGGUAGUGGCAGGCAAAGCUCAUUUGGCUUUGGUUUAGAUGAUAUUUUUUCCAACUUUUUUGGAGGUGAUGCGGGAGGUGGGAAUCAGUUUGGUGGUUUCGGUAGAUCAGGCAGUUCUCAGUAUAGUGGUAGAGGACCUUCUAAGAGUCUCCCUGCUGUAAAUUCUCAGUUGUAUAGGAAAGAAAUAUUUGAUAAAGGGAUGACCUGGCUCUUAAUUUCUCAUUCGUCCAAUCGUCAAGGAAUCCAACAUUAUGAAUCUGUUAUCGAGGAGGUUGAGAGCUCACUACAGGGAGCAUUAGAGGCUGGUAGCAUAAAUUGCGAUAGUGAUGCAUCUUUUUGCCAGGAGCUUGGUGUAUAUCCUCGCAGAGCUCCUAGAGUGUUUGUUUACUCGUAUAAAUCGAGUGAAAGUGGUUCCUUGGUGGAGUACACUGGUGAUUUGGACGAGAAGAGAGUGAAAAGUUUUGUUAAAGAUUAUUUACCAAGAUUUUCAAAGCGCAUUGACUUGGGUCAUUUGGAUAUCGCUUCUGAGAAUGCUGGAAACUUACCCAAAGUGAUGCUUCUCUCUACAAAGAAGGAUACUCCUGUCAUCUGGCGUGCUCUUAGCGGGUUAUAUCGCAAACGUUUUGUCUUCUAUGACGCUGAGGUUCAGGACAUUUCAUCUGUGAAAAAGUUAGGUGUUGAUGCACUUCCAACUAUUGUUGGUUGGCUAUCAAAUGGAGAGAAGCAUAUCCUAAAAUCUGGGGUAUCGGUUAAAGAUCUAAAGUCUACUAUUCAAGACCUUAGUGGCUUGCUUGACUAUUUUGAGAAAAAAAAUAAAAAGGCAGCUUCAGCGAAAAAGGAGCAUACUGAAUCGAAGGAUGAACACAUAAAGUUGCUUACAGGAUCUAACUUUAAUGAUAUAUGCAGAGAGAAAACUCCUGUCUGUAUAAUUGGCGCUUUCAGGUCAUCAAAAGCAAAGGACAAACUCGGAAAGAUUCUGCACUCGGUGUCUCAGAAAUCUUUCAUGAGACGGAGUAUAGCCUCUAGUUCGAGGGAUUCAGUUUCAUAUGCUCUUCUCGACGCUGCUAAGCAGCAACAGUUUCUGAAUGCCUUUGAUAAGUCGGGAUUCAAGUCAUCAGACAACCUCCUACUGGCGUACAAACCUAAGAGAGGAACUUACGCUGUAUUUCAGGGUGAAGCAACCGAAGAAGAAACCGAGAAAUUUAUAAGUUCAGUACUGAAUGGAGAUAGUUCCUCCUGCUGCUUUUCUUCUCCAUUGUUCACCGUUGUGGGAUGUUUGGUAGAGUUGAUUGUGCAACACCGUACACCAUUUAAAAAGUACAUUAUUUCUGUUCAGAGAUCUAAGGGUACUGGCAUUACCAAUGGGUUGCCUGAUGGGGACUUGAAGAGAUCGUCCGAAGGUCCAAAAGCUUCUUCUAACUUUGCAUUUGGUGCUGUGUUUGGUUAUAUUGUUGGACAGGAAGUUUUAAAGGCUUGUUCGGGAAGUUCUACCCACCCUUUCAGGACAGUUCCCAACUUGACUGGAAAUCUGAAUGACUCUUUAGACUUUAUAGCAUGCUUGUUUGCGAAGUUUGGAUGA